GGAGUGGUGUGCGCAUGCGCAGGUGUGGUGGGCGGCGCGUGAGUGAGGAGCGCAGCCGGUGAGGCUCAGUGGUGAACCCGCGCGCCCUGAGGACACAGCCGCACGCACCGCCCGCAGCACGGCGGCUCCACGCGCCCACAACACCCUCACCUCUGACACACCUGCAACCACUGCCUGCGGUCACACGCAACUACACCCGUGGUUCCCGACCGCCGCCGCCACGCUUGUCCACGUGCAACGCUGCGGCUUCUUCAGCCAGUGGCACUGACGCGGGUGUAGCGGCAGCACGUGCAGGGGCCACCACCCCGGGGGAGGCGGUGACGGAGUGUACUGAUGGGUGUGUGGGUGUAGUGCGCAGUGAGAGUGUAGUUAGGGGCUGUGAGAGGAGCCCCGGGGAGAUACAGUGCUCAGAGGCCCCCCAGGUGAGGCCAAAAGGCCCGGGGGGGAAGCAGUGAGGCCCCAGGGAGGAAAUUCGAGUGAGGGCGGGGGAAGAGCAGGAUGCACCUGGGGGAGGACAUGGGUGACUGCUGGUGGUCAGAGCGGGCGCUGACGGAGCUGCUGGGGGAACACCCUGGGGAGCUGGUGCGCACGGGCAGCCCCAACUUCGUGUGCACCAUCUUGCCGCCUCACUGGCGCUCCAACAAGACGCUGCCCGUCGCCUUCAAGGUGAUCGCCCUUGGUGAGGUGGGCGACGGCACGCUCGUCACCGUCAGGGCUGGCAACGACGAGAACUUCUGCGCAGAGCUGCGUAACAACUCCGCACUCAUGAAGAACCAAAUAGCCAAAUUCAACGACCUUCGGUUCGUGGGCAGGUCUGGUCGAGGUGAGUACCUGAGGCAGUAGCCGCGUCUCCAGUGUCUGUAGCUGCUGUGUUUACCCAGGGAAAUGUUUCACAUUUAGGAGGGGGCGUGUGGGGUCCUUGAGGGCCGUCCACUAGGUCCUUUCCUGAGGUGAUUUACUAGGUCUCAUAUCCU